CUGUAUCGCUUUAAGUUAACUUGUUCAAGAUGAAGCAACUGAUCCUUUCUCUAGCUCUUGUUUGGGCUCUCUCCAGCACAGCAGUUCGAGCACUUGAUUGUUCGAAUUGCACAAAUGAGCAGUGUUUAACAACACAACCAGUCCGAUGUUCCUCAGAAAAUAUGUGCAUUACAGCUUCCAUUCAAGCAUCUACACCAAGAGCACCGCAAAUAUUCAAGGCGUGUGCACCAUCCUCCGUGUGUCCAGCCACAGGCUCUCAGACAUUUUCAGCUAACUUGGGUGUAGCACGUGCAGUUGCAUCUAUAAAGUGCUGCAACACUGAUAACUGCAACACCGAAACUCUACCGUUUCCUGGCAGUCAGAUAGCUAACAGCCAAAUAUGCUUUACUUGUGACCCCAUUACCGCUCGAUGUACUACUCAAACACAGUGCAUGGGAGAAGAGAACCAAUGCUUUCAAGCAAGUGUGACAACUGGAAUGGCCACUUUUACAGCCUUUGGCUGUGCAUCUACAAACCUGUGUGUAGCGGCUGCCCGCCUGGGAAGCAUUCCUUUCUUUCAAAGAUUUGUAAACUUUAGAUCGUCCUGUUGUGGGACCAGUUUGUGUAAUACUGGCACUAUAACAACUGUAGCCCCCACAACUACAACAACUAAUGCCCCAACGACAACUAACGCAACAACAGCGACUGCAGCCCCAUCCACAACUGCUGCCCUGACAACAACUCCUGCCUCGAUUACAACCGCAGUAUUGACAACAACGGCAGUCCCAACGACAAAUACCGCCCAAACAACAACCCCUGCCCCGAUUACAACCGCAGCAUUGACAACAACGGCAGUCCCAACGACAAAUACCGCCCGAACAACAAAUCCCGCCCCAAUUACAACCGCAGCAUUGACAACAACGGCAGUCCCAACAACAAAUACCGCCCGAAUAACAACAGCUGCCCCAAUUACAACUGAAGUUCUGACAACAAUUACUGCCCCGACAACAACUAACUCUGCAGCGACAACUGCAACCCCAACAACAGCUUCAGUGCUGACAACAGCAAGUGCCCUAACAACAACUGCAGCCCCAACGACAACUGCAACCCAGAAAACAACUGCAACCCUGACAACGGCUUCAGUCCUGACAACAACUAAUGCCCCAACAACAACUCUAAUCCCAACACCAACUGGCCUGACUACAGCUAUUGCCCCGACAACAAUUAAUGCCCCGACGACAACUUCAGCCCUGUCGACAACUGCAACCCCGACGACAACUUCAGCCCUGUCGACAACUGCAACCCCGGGAACAGCUUCAGUCCUGACAACAACUAAUGCCCCAACAACAACUCUAAUCCCAACACCAACUGGCCUGACUACAGCUAUUUUCCCGACAACAAUUAAUGCCCCGACGACAACUUCAGCCCUGUCGACAACUGCAACCCCGACGACAACUUCAGCCCUGUCGACAACUGCAACCCCGAGAACCGCUUCAGUCCUGACAACAACUAAUGCCCCAACAACAACUCCAAUCCCAACACCAACUGGCCUGACUACAGCUAUUGCCCCGACAACAAUUAAUGCCCCGACGACAACUUCAGCCCUGUCGACAACUGCAACCCCGACGACAACUUCAGCCCUGUCGACAACUGCAACCCCGGGAACAGCUUCAGUCCUGACAACAACUAAUGCCCCAACAACAACUCUAAUCCCAACACCAACUGGCCUGACUACAGCUAUUGCCCCGACAACAAUUAAUGUCCCGACGACAACUUCAGCCCUGUCGAACACUGCAACCCCGACGACAACUUCAGCCCCAUCGACAACUGCAACCCCGAGAACAGCUUCAGUCCCGACCACAACUAAUGCCCCAACAACAACUCUAAUCCCAACACCAACUGGCCUGACUACAGCUAUUUCCCCGACAACAAUUAAUGCCCCGACGACAACUGCAACCCCGUCGACAACUGCAACCCCGAGAACAACUAAGGCCCCAACAACAACUAAUGCCUUAACAUCAACUGCAGCAUCAACGACUGCCUCAACAAUCAGUGACGCCUCCAGUAUCCGAUUGGGACCGGUCCAUGUGUUGCUUGGACUCCUUAUAUUUAUUUCUACAUCAUCUUUUGAAUUCUAAAACUUCACUCAAAAACUGCAGCUCCGACAACAACUGCUACCUUGACAACUUCAGUCCCGACAACUUCAGCCGCAUUCUCAACUUCAGUCCUGACAACAACGAUUGUACCGACAACUAUUGCAGCCCCAAAAACAACUGCAGCCCAAUAACUCUAACCCUAACAACUACAACUUCAACAACGAAUGCCUUAACAACCAGUUACGCCACCAGAAUCCGAUUAGGUGUGAUCCAUGUGUUGCUUGGAAGAUUUAACUAUAGACUUUACACUUUAGGAGAUGGCCUUGUGCCGGAUGAAUUAUGGAUAUUUUUUCACAUUUAGUUUAGUCCUGCAGAAAUGAAUGACAAGAACAUAAAUUCUUCUACGUGUUCUAAUGCACCAUUAAUCAUUCAAUUUGGCCAUGGUCUAAUGUUAUCCAGAUGAUUUAACCAUGUACAGUAUUUUCUGUUUUUAAUAUGUGGCUGUGAAAAAUUCUGAAAUAUUAUAACUGGCCCUCACGC